AUGUCGGAAAAGCAAGAGGACACUCAGCUCCACGAGCUGAGUAGCCCUUCUGAUGAGACGGCCUCCUCACGCCCCGAGUCAAUCGAGGCGGAAGCCCUCGAGUCGAUCAGGAUCCUCCUCAACAGCCAAGCCCCCAAGGGCCAGGAGACCCCCAAGCAGAUCGGCCUCUCCUUCAAGGAUCUCACCGUGACGGCCCAGGCCGGAACCGAGAUUGACGCAAAGACUCUGCCGCGCGCCAUUCUCAACACCUUCGGACCCGACCAGUUCCGCUUCAUCAAGCAAAACAUUCUCUCACGCAUCUUCCCCAGCUCCUUCAAUGCCACCGGAAGGCCCAUCCUGUCCAACUUCACGGGCAUUGUCAAGCCCGGUGAGAUGUUGCUUGUUCUCGGCCGACCGGGGAGUGGUUGCUCGACUUUCCUUCGAACGGUUGCCAAUCAGUCCACCCUCGCCGUGACAGGUGACUUGGAAUAUGCCAACGUCGCCGCCGCAGACUUCAAGAAGAACCACGCUCGAGAAACUAUUUACCUCCCGGAAGAGGACAGGCACAUUGCGUCUCUGUCUGUGAGGCAAACUAUCCGCUUUGCUCUUCGAAACUCGCUUCCGGCCGAGGCCCGAGACAGCAAGUCAGUCUCCAACUUGACGGAGGCCAUCGCGAAGCUUUUUGGUCUCACUCAUGCCCUCGACACUCCCGUCGGUGGAGCUUUCUUCCCUGGUGUUUCUGGUGGUGAAAGGAAACGAGUAUCGAUCGCCGAAGUUCUCGCUGCCGGAGCGUCCGUUCAAUGCUUUGACAACUCGACCCGUGGUCUCGACUCUUCUACCGCGCUGGAUUUCGCCAAGGCUUUGCGAGCUGUCACGGAUGUUGGCCACAAGACUAGCAUGGCCACCCUGUACCAGGCAGGCGAGGAUCUCUACAGGAACUUCGACAAGGUCAUCGUCCUGGAUGAUGGCCAGAUGGCCUUCUUCGGAAGGACAUCCGAGGCCUGGAAGUAUUUUGAAGAUCUCGGAUUCAUCCCUGUCCCUGGACAGACAACUGCCGAGUUCCUCACUACCGCUACGGACCCCGAAGAGCGUAGAGUGCGACCUGGAUCUGCGGCGGCCAACUUCAAGACCGCAGCAGAUCUGGCGGCUGCAUUCCGCCGCUCGGAUAACUACCAGCGUCUCUUGACUGAGAUUGAUGAGUACCGCCAGAAGCAAGCUCAGGCUGAUGCUUUGCUCCCCGCUUACAACUACCGCCUUUCGUACCCUGCCCAGGUCUGGGAGUGUCUCACUCGAGAAGUCCAGCUGGUCAGCGCUCAGCGCCGUGUCUACUACAUCAAAUGGGUUACUACUCUUAUUCUGUGUCUGGUUUGUGGCAGUGUUUAUUUCGACAUCGACAUCACCGCUCAAGGUGCCUUCACAAGAGGUGGUAUCCUGUACUUUGCCCUCAUCGUCAACGGUUGGUUCCAGUUCCCCGAACUGUUCGAUGCGCACACCAAUAGGCCUGUGAUUGAGCGACAUGCUGGACUGCAUCUCAACCGCCCGUCCGCUGUUGCAUUGGCCCGUUUCAUCAUCGACUUGCCUCUCAUUGCCGCUCAGCACGCCUUGUUCAUCAUCAUCUUCUACUUCCUGUCGCGGUUACAGAUUGAAGCAGGCAAAUUCUUCUUCUUCUACUUCACGCUCUUCAUCUCCACGGUGUGCUUUAGCAAUCUGCUGCGCAUGUUCGCCUACUACGUCGGAACCUUGGACGAUUGCUUCCGUUACGGUGGUUUCUCCUGCACGGUGCUCCUUCUCUUCGCCGGAUUCUUGAUCCCGCCGAAUGAGAUGGGUGCCGCCUUUGGAUGGCUGCAUCAUCUGAACCCCAUGUUCUACGGCUUCGAGAACCUUUUCUCGAACGAGUUCAGUGGUUUGAACCUUGCCUGCGACGAUAAUCUCAUUCCGGCGGACGGAGUUGCUGGACACCAGACCUGCGCUAUCCGUGGUGCGCUUCCCGGCCAGACCAGCGUCCCUGGCACCGAGUACAUCGAGGCUUACGGCUUUUCCCUGUCCCACAAGUGGCGAAACAUUGGCAUCAUGAUUUCCAUUGCGUUCAUCUACCUCUUCAUUAGCAUGUUCGGCAGUGAGGUCAUGAGGUUUGCCCCUCAGGGAGGCGCUCCCCUUGUUUUCGCCAAGCGCCGUGGCCAGAAGGAAAAGGCAGUCGUCACUGAUGUCGAGAAGUCCGCUCCUACAAACGCCCUGUCAGGUAGACUCGGAGAACUCGCCCUCACCUGGAAGGAUGUCAACGUGCACAUUGGAGAGAAGCACAUUCUCAAGAACAUCUCUGGAUACGUCAAGCGUGGAGAGCUGACUGCUUUGUGUGGUGCUUCCGGUGCUGGCAAGACUACCCUGCUCACGGCUCUCAGUCAGACCAACUUUGCUGGUACUCUCUCAGGUGAAGUUCUUGUGGGAAGCAAGCCUCCAACUGCGAGCUACAGGAAGACUGUCGGUUUCGCGCAGCAGAUGGAUCUCCACGACGGCACUGCUACGGUUCGGGAAGCCAUUGAGUUCUCUGCCCUGCUGAGACAGCCCCUGCAUUACUCUCGCGAGGAGAGACUGGCUUACGUCGACACGGUUCUUGAAUUGCUCGAUUUGGUUGAUGUCCAGCACGUGCUCAUUGGCGAAGAGGGUGGCGGCCUGGGCGUUGAAAGGCUCAAGCGAGUGACGAUUGGUGUUGAGCUUGCCGCACGGCCUGAAAUCCUCUUUGCUGACGAACCUACAUCUGGACUGGACUCCCAAGGCGCUGCCCGUAUCGUUCGCUACCUGAAGCAGCUUGCUCGUCAUGGCCAGGCUACUGUCGUCACCAUCCACCAGCCUUCAGCUCUCCUGUUCUCUCAGUUCGAUAACCUCCUGGCUCUCUCGUCUGAAGGCCGACAGCUCUACUUUGGCAAGGUCACUGAAGCUCUCCCGUAUUUCGCUCGUCACGGUGCAGUCUGCCCCGAGGGUGCCAACCCCAGUGCCUUCAUUCUCGAGACCGUCGGCGCCGGUGUCAACGCCCGCACAAAUGACAAGGGAUCCAACUGGUCGACCAACUGGGCAGAGUCUCCGGAAGCUGCGGCCCUCGCACAAGAGAUUGAGGAGAGCAAGAAGAACCCCCAUGGCAGCACUACCCACGACGAGGAGAAGGUCCCCGAGUAUAACGCGUCUACCAUUGCGCAGACUUAUCUUCUGACGAAGCGAAUGCUGUUGAACCAGUGGCGCAACACGCCAUACAUCUACUCCAAGAUUUGGGUUCAUAUUCUCAGCGCGUUCUUUGUCGGAUUUACCUUCUACCAGCUCGGAACCAGCCCCACUGACCUGCAGAACCGCAUGUUCAGCGUCUACUUCAUGCUGUUCCUCUGCAACGCCAUCGUCAACGUCAUUCUCGCCCGGUACUUCUUCGCUAGUCUUUACUGGAUGUACCGCGAGGGUCCCUCUCACGCAUAUGGCUGGGUUGCUUUCGUGAACUCCGUCAUUCUUGCUGAGAUCCCUGGUGCUCUCUUUGUCACGGUUAUCUACUACGUUGUCUGGUACUUCCCUAGCGGACUGCCUCACAAUGAAGCUGGAUACAUCUUCCUCUUCUUCCUGACCUACGAGAUCUUCCAGGUUCUCCUUGGAUUGUUCAUGAUGGCUCUCAGCCCCGAUCUCGGUGCGGCUGGAAACGUCCUCGUCUUCAUUGUGUGCACCUGCAACUGGUUCAACGGUAUCAUCAUUCCCUAUGACCAGAUCCAGGUCUUCUGGCGCUACUGGCUCUACUACCUGUCGCCAUUCACAUACCUCCUCGGUGGCAUGGUCACGGCCGUCACCGGUGGUGUUCAUGUGGUCUGUGACACCGCGGACCUGACGCUGUUCACCCCGCCCGAGAACCAGACCUGCGGUGACUAUGCGGCCAAGUGGGCUCUCUCUGCAUCCGCUCAGCUCCUCAACCCUGAUGCUGUGUACCCGUCCGACUGUCAAGUAUGCCGCUGGGACUCUGGUGACCAGUUCCUGGCGCAGUUCAACCUUGGCGAUGGACAGCUGGGAGGCAAGUGGGGAUGCUGGGGCAUCUUCCUGGCCUUCACCUUUGGCAACCUGGCCCUGGUGUACUUUUUCACCUGGGCCACCAAGGUGAAGUACUGGAAGCUGUUUUACUUUUUCUAA